UUAGGGCAGACCCUAUCGAAUUAGGGUUACUUUCGUCUCUACACACUUCCUCUCUCUCUCUCUCUCUCUCUAGAUUUAUGAAAUUCAGCUCACGAUCUAAUUCAGCUCACGAUCUUCCUUCAAAUCUUCAACCCAGAUAACACUCUUCUUUUCCCCCAAAUCCAUUCCCCUAAAAACUCCAAUCUUUCUCUUCACAUGAAGGCUUUCAAUCCACACCAUGAUCGUUAGAACAUACGGUCGUCGCAAUCGGAGCGGCUACUCGGAUUCACCACACGACGAAUUCGCAUCUGCAUCGGAGUCCGACGGUUUCGUCGACUCUUUAACCCAAGAAACCCCUCAAGAUAUAUUCAAUUUCGGAUUCUCUUCCCAAGAUUCAUUCGAUUUCGAUCCUUUCGGCCCAAAUUCGCUCCAAGAAUCGCGUGAAUUGGCGAUUCUGCCCCCAAGGAAGCGCGAUUCGGAGGUCGGCGAUGUGGGUUUUCGGAAACUGAAGACCAAGAAGGUGAAAUCGAAAAAGGGGAAAUCGGUUUCGGCGGCGACGCUGAUGGGUACAGCGACGUUGAUGGAGACUCAGGAGUUUGGGGAAAUGAUGGAGCAUGUGGAUGAGGUGAAUUUUGCUUUGGAUGGGUUGAGGAAAGGCCAACCGGCGAGGAUUCGGCGAGCGAGUUUGCUGUCGUUGUUGUCGAUUUGCAGUACGGCGCAGCAACGGCGGCUUCUAAGAACUCAUGGGAUGGCAAAAUCAAUUAUAGAUGCUGUUUUGGGACUCAGCUUCGACGACUCACCCAGCAAUUUGGCAGCUGCAGCUCUCUUUUACAUUUUGACUAGUGACGGUCAAGGUGAUAACCUUUUGGAUUCACCAAGUUGCAUCCGUUUUCUGAUUAAAUUGUUGAAACCUGUCACCUAUGAUGUUAAUAAAGACAAGACAUCGACUAUCGGUUCUAAGCUUCUAGCACUACGCAAGGAUUUUGAUAUCUUACAAGAUAACAGUACAGGAGUAGAUUCCACCUCCACUGCAAUUAUGCUCAAAGUUCAGGAAAUUCUUGUAAGUUGUAAGGAAUUGAAGUCAAGCAAUGCAAAUGAUAAUGCAACGAAGAAGCCACAAUUGAGCCCAAAGUGGCUAGCUUUGUUGACAAUGGAGAAAGCUUGCUUAUCUACCAUUGCUCUUGAAGACACCUCUGGUACUGUAAGGAAGACAGGAGGCAACUUCAAGGAAAAGUUACGAGAGCUUGGAGGACUUGAUGCAGUUUUUGAGGUCUCCCGGAAUUGUCAUUCUGUUAUGGAGAGUUGGUUAGAACAAAGUUCCUUAAUGCAGAAGUCAAAUGACAAUGGGGAUCUAGAAAGUUUGGUGCUGCUUUUAAAAUGUUUGAAAAUUAUGGAAAAUGCCACAUUCCUAAGUAUGGACAAUCAGAGUCAUUUGCUUGAAAUGAAAGGGAACCUCAACCAUCAAGGUUCUCCCCGGACUUUCACAAAACUCAUUAUAAGUGUCAUCAACAUACUCUCAGGUCUUUCUUUAUCUAGAAAUUCUUCGGGCAAUUUGGAUAGUGAAAAGUUCUGUAAUCUUCCUAAUGGGACUGAUCAAGCUUCUGAAAUGCCUUUAUUGGCAGGCCAUAAAGUGGACAGUGAUGGGAUUAUAUCCAUAUGUUCUUCUAUAAGGUGCUCUGGCACAGAUUCUCAGAAGAGUUUCAGUAUAUCUCAGAAUAGUCAAUGGUUGUCUGCCGGCCGCGCAGGAAUUUCUAAGUCAACUUCUAAAAGUACCACUGCAUCUGCAGCUGAUACUUGCUUGUUGAAAAUGAGAGUCAAUUCUUCUACUUUCGGUUCAUGCAGUGGAACAUCAAGGAGUUCAUAUAGUGGAUCACCUAUCAAUAGUAAUGUUUCAGCGAUGGAAUUUGGUCUAGGAAAAAGAUGUAAGGUUGCUGAAGAUCCAAGCUUUGAACUUCUUGAAGAUAGUCAGGAUCCUUUUGCUUUUCAAGAUGAUGAAUUUGAACCCUCUAAGUGGGAUUUACUGUCUGGGAGAAAGAAAGCUUCUGAAAGUCGAAGCAGCAGGACAAUGCUUAGAAAACAUGAAGAUAGGUGUCAACCCCAAUUGAUGUUGAGCCAAGAAGAAUCAAGUAAUCCAGAAAAUCAUCAUUCUGAUGUCUCUUGUUCAUCUGCUCUUGAUGAAGAAAAAUCCAACCUUCUAGCAGACUGCCUGCUUACAGCUGUCAAGGUCCUGAUGAACUUAACAAAUGACAACCCUGUGGGCUGUCAGCAAAUUGCUGCCUGUGGAGGACUGGAAACCUUGUCGUCAUUAAUUGCUGGCCACUUUCCAUCAUUCAGUUCAUCUUUGCCUCCCUUCAGUGGUGUAAGAAAUGAUACCAUGUCAUCCAAGUCUAGUCUUGAGGUUGACCAUCAGAAUGACAGCCUUCUCUCUGAUCAAGAAUUAGAUUUUCUUGUUGCUAUUUUGGGCUUGCUUGUAAACCUGGUAGAGAAAGAUGGCCACAACAGAUCUCGGCUUGCAGGAACGAGUGUUUCAUUGCCUAGUGUGGAAGGUCUAGAAGUGGAGAGGAGCAGAGAUGUGAUUCCAUUGCUAUGUUCCAUCUUUUUGGCCAACCAAGGGGCAGGCGAGGCAGCUGGAGAAGAAAAGGUCCUGACUUGGGAAGAUGAGGCAGCUGUGUUGCAGGAAGCGAAAGAGGCUGAGAAGAUGAUUGUAGAAGCUUAUGCAGCUCUUCUUCUUGCAUUCCUUUCAACUGAAAGCAAGAUCAUACGGGAUGCUAUUGCCAAAUGUCUCCCGGGUUACAAACUCGCAAUUCUUGUACCUGUGUUGGAGAGAUUUGUGGAAUUUCAUUUGUCGCUAAACAUGAUCUCGCCCGAGACCCAUUCAACUGUGCUUGAAGUAAUCGAAUCAUGUAGGAUGCAUUGAGAAGCCUAAGGGAGUGGAGAAUUUGUACAGCUUCAACCUUCCCUCAGAUCAACUAUUUGUCGUUACAUGAUAAACCCAUGGGAGAUGGGAUUGUUGCUGCACGAGCUGCAAAACUAACCGUAGGCCUGCCUUAUAUAGUCUGAUUGACUUUUUUUGUUUGUAAUUUUUGCCCUUUUUUUUUAACAUUAUUUUUGGCGGGUACCAAUUCACCGUAUUUGGUGGAGGCUGAGAUGCUUGUAUACAGAAGUUAUAGCAAAAUAUAGUUUCUCUCCGUGCUUUGUUAAAUGUAAUUUGUAUUUGUUUUAUAGUAGUAGUUUGCCACUGUUGUUUUAAACUUGUCUUGUUGCCUCUUGUGAUCAGAAAUGAAUCAACUGAGAGUUCCCAUCAGA